AUCGUUUUUGACUUUUAUGGAAAAGAACAAAAAUGACAUUGAAAUAAUAUUUGUGCGGAAAAACAGAAAAUGGAAUUGUUGAAAUUUAAGCAACUAAAAUGAUCAAGACAGAUAUUUACCUUCAUUUGAUAGUUUUAUUCUGUACUGUUUCAAGUAUUGACAUAGAAGGAUGUUAUGAAGGCAAAUGUGAUGAGCUUUACGUCCCUCAUGCACCUCUUGUUUUUUGUGCAAAUUUACCAUUAGAGUUUUUGAACUGUAGUGAUCCAUUAGAUUUAAAUGGUAAUGUAACAAGACGUCAAGAAUUAGGAUAUGGUUGUACAAAGUAUGGUGGGAGAAGAUAUGAAGAUGUCCAGAAGACCAAAGUAAACUGUUCCGUUUUACCAGGAAUAGAAUGUUUUGGUGACAGAUAUUUCCUUAAAGAUGGUUUUCCAUGUAUCAAAUAUACUGGUCAUUACUUCCUUACAACUUUAAUAUAUUCUGUACUUCUUGGUUUUUUGGGAAUGGACAGAUUUUGUUUAGGACAAACAGGUACAGCUGUGGGUAAACUGUUAACACUUGGAGGAUUAGGUGUGUGGUGGAUAGUGGACAUUGUAUUAUUAGUGAACGGAAUUCUCUUGCCUAAUGAUGGAAGUAACUGGGUUCCUUACUAUUAAAAACAGUUGUAAAAGAUCAGGAUAAAAACAGCUUUAUGCAUAAAUAAUGUAAUGAAUUUACUUUUUGUACUGUCAGAAUAUUUGCUUGUCAAGUUGUCAGAUAAAUAGACAAUACCUGCAAUAGCACAAUUUCCGAAAGUAUUUUUAAAUACAUGAAAGAACAUUAAAUAUUUAUACAUUUAAACAUUGGCUACUACAAAAAGUGAUCAUGUAAGAUGAUUCAAUACUUCUAACUCUUAUAUAUUUAUUUUAGAAAGCACAUUAUAUUAAUACAUGCAACUUCAAAUUUUCACUCCACAUCAUUUUCUGUAAUAAUCAUACUCAUCGAAACAGUUUGUCUGUCCUAAACAUUUGGUAUCAGAUAAAGGAGCAUAAACUUUGUAGUAAUAACACAAUUUUCAUUUGACCAUUGGACUCUGUGAUAACUUUCAUAAAAUAUAUACACCAUAUGAACAUAUUUUUGACAUUACAUCUGAUACAUCAAAUAUCAUUAAAUAUAAUGUACUUUUAAUAGAAGGGAGAUAAUUCAUGAUUUUACUAUAGUAUAUAUAGAUUGCAAAAUACAAUUGUUUUCCCCGUAGUUGACAAUUGUAAUAUUUUUCAAGAAACAUACUAAAGAAAGAUUAUAAGGACAAUAUUUUUUAGACCCAAAAAUAUAGGUUUCUGUUGCUUUCUUACACAAUUUGUAUGUAUCUCCCUUGCCUUUCAAUUCUGCACUUAAAAAUACAAUUUACAUGUCUUUCCAGACUUAAGAAAAGACUUCUUAGUUCCUCAAGGGCAAAAGAAAAUAUAUUAUUCUGCUUUUGGUAUAUGGAUGAGUCUACAAAGUGUUUUUUUAGUAUAAUAAUUGGGUGCAUAUAACAGCCAAUUAGGAUGUAUUCAUACUCUUAAUUUUGAAUAUCAUGAUACAUCUUCAUUUUAAUGACUGCAUCCAGGUUACUCAAUUGUUAAUGGUAACCUAAGGCUAAAACAUUCAAUAAAUAAUCAAGUGUUAAGGAAAUUCAAGUUUCUUUUAAAUACAUAGGCAAGCAAUAUCCAUACCAAGACAUAAUUUGGAUUUUUUUAUCAAAGGUCUGCCCGAGUCUUAGAAGUUCUAGGACUUAAAUACUUUCUUUUAUAGUGAGUACAAACAUUUUAACAUAUUUUUAAAUGCAAGAAAGUGUAUAAAAAUUAUAAAAAAUAUGUGCUGUAUUUUCUAAUUGUACAUGUAUUUAUUUUUUUAAUAAAAUUAUGGCUUUAAUAA